AUGGAUGGUGUCAGCGAGGCGGCGGCGAUGACUCCAUCAGAUGGUUUUUUCCUCCUAUUCUGUCCCCGUUGUUGCGGCGUUGUCUCCGGCGCCAAGGUGGAGCAGAGAGGAUUCGUCCAGGAGUACGUGCAGACGGUGGUCUGCACUGGUGACAGCUGGAAGAUGGUGCACCUUGUGAAUGGCGGCGUCCAACCAGGUCUGCUCUCUGUCCUGGCCACAACCUCCGCCAGCGUCGGGAACCAGUGCGUUCCUGGGUGGGCGAUUCCGCACAACCCACUCCAAGCCUGCCGCACCUACGUGGUUAGUCAAAUAUGCGGUGUAGGUCCUCUACUCUUAACCUGGGACAUGAAGGAGCGGUGCUGCCGGGAGCUGUCGGCCAUCCCGGCGUACUGCCGUUGUGAGGCGCUGCGAAUUCUCAUGGAUGGGGUGGUGACGGCGGAGGGCGUGUUCGAGGGCGGCCUCCAGGACAUUCACAUGCCCCAGUUACAGUGUCCUAGGCAGAUGCAGAGGAACCACGCCGCGACCCUCGUUGCCCUGCAGGAGUGCAGCCUAACGACCAUCCAUAGCGGACCCUACUCCCUGGUCGGCAGUCAAGUGGCCGUGUAA